AUGUUUGACGUGGUUUUACUUCAAGAAGAUGCUCAGGCUAUGUUAUUUCAGGUUAAGCAUAAAGUUUCUAGAUGUUGUGUCUUUAUUACUGCUGUGUAUGCUGCUAAUAGAGCUGUGGAUAGAAGCUUAUUAUGGGGCAUACUUAAAGUUCAUGAAGCUAAAGUUACUGGUCCAUGGAUUACUCUAGGUGAUUGGAACAUGGUUAGGGCUAAUUAUGAGAAGAAGGGAGGUAAACAUGUCUCUCAAAGUUUGUUAGAUGAGUUUAAUGGGGCUAUUUAUGACAUUAAAAUGGAAGAUUUACCAACGAAUAAUGGUGAUUGGUCUUGGUGUAAUAAGCAAGGAGUUCAAACUAGAAUUAAUGCUAAAUUGGAUAGAGUUCUAGUUAAUUCAGCUUGGUUGCAUUCCUUUACUGACUCUAAAGUGUAUUUAACUGCUGCUUCUCUGUCUGAUCAUUAUGGUAUGGAUGUUCAUCAGAAUUUUGUGAGCUCUCUUGGACCUAAACCUUUUAAGUUUCUAAAAAUUUGGUGUAUGCAAGAUGAGGUUAAGGAGGUGGUGGCUACAUCUUGGAACAUUGGUGUCUUUGGAAGUCCUUUACAUGUUUUACAGAAAAAAUUGAGAGAGAGAAGAUGUCACAAUGCCAUUAUAGCCUUGGAGAAUACCAAAGGGGAAAAAUCUAAUGACCCUAAAGUUAUUAAGGAAUGGUUAGUAGAAUAUUAUACUGACCUAUACAAUGAUGUGGGAGGGGUGAAUGAGGAAAUUCUGGAGCCUAGAAAAAGGCUAACUCAAACUGAAGGUAUUGGUCUUGAACACGUUAUAUCUGUUAAGGAAAUUAAAGCUGUGGUUAUGCAGUUUAGUCCUGAUAAAGCCCCAGGCCCUGAUGGCUUUCCAGCUAGAUUUUUUCAAAAAUACUGGGGGAUUGUAGGUCCAGAGGUGGUGAAUGGUGUUGCUUAUUUUUUCUCUACAAGCAUGUUACCUAAAGGAGUGAAUUCUACUUUCCUUACUCUUAUAUGUAAGAGUAAUCAUGGGGAUAAGAUCAGCAAUUAUAGACCCAUUGCGUUAUGUAAUAUCAUAUACAAGAUUAUAUCCAAAAUUUUGGCUAAUAGGCUCAGUAGUGUUCUUCCAAAUUUGAUUGGGCCUGAGCAGUCUGCAUUUAUUAAAGGUAGGAGAUUGCAUGAUAAUUUUUGGUUGAUAUCUGAUUUAGUAAAAAAUUUUGGUAGGAAAAAUGGUGAUCCAACUGUUGCUCUGAAAAUUGAUCUUAAAAAGGCUUAUGAUUCAGUGGAUUGGGGGUUUCUACAGAAGGUUUUAUUGAGUUUUGGGUUCAGUGAGAAGUGGAUUAGUUGGGUUAUGGAGUGCACCUCUAUAGCCAAUUUUUCUAUUCUUUGUAAUGGAGUGCCUACAGGUUUUUUCUCAGCUUCUAAAGGCCUAAGACAAGGAUGUCCCUUGUCUCCUCUCUUGUUUGCUUUUGUCACUGAAUAUUUCUCCAACCUUAUUGUUAAAGCUAUUGAGGAGGGGAAGAUUAAGAGGUGUAAGGCUGUUCUCAAGACAGGGCUGAGCAUUUCCCAUGCUUUUUAUACUGAUGACUUGGUUAUGGUGGUAAAGGCUGAUGUGAGUACUUUAAAAGGUGUUGAAGAAGUCCUUCAGAGAUUUAAGAUUAGUGCUGGGCUUCAGGAAGUUAAGAAUAUGCUGGAAAGAAAGUUUAAGAAAUUUUUGUGGAGUGGUAAACAAGAGAUUAGAAAGAUGUCUCAAUUGAAGUGGAGUAAAGUCACAUUACCUGCUAUGGAGGGUGGUUUCAAUAUUAGGAGAAUUAUUGACAUUGAUUGUGCAACAAAAAUGAAUAUGUGUUGGGACUUUAUUCAGAAAAAGGAUAAAUUAUGGAUUCAAUGGUUGCAAGCAAUUUAUUUAAAUAAAAUUGUGUUUUGGUUGGUGGUUCCAAAAGUUACAGAUUCUGAUGUUUGGAAACAUAUUCUGGGGGUGAGGGAUUUGAUCCUUGACAAGGUCUUAUUUCAGGUUGGUGAUGGUAAUCAUUUUAAACUUCUUACUGAUCCCUGGUGUAAUGAUCACUAUCUCAUUCAGCUGUUUGGAGCUGUUAGGUUCAGAGGGUUAGAUAGGCAGACAGAACUAGCUUCUAGUAUUGAUCAUGGAGUAUGGAGUCUUACUAAAAAUCUUGAAUUUACUCAGAAUGUCAUUCAGCAAGUGAUUAUUCAUGAGGGUUCCGAUCAAAUUAAGUGGAAAGAUGGGCAGUUCACUCUGAAAGCAGCAUGGAAUAGUUGCAGAUCUUCAACUCAAAUUGUGAAAUGGGCAGUCUCUUUGAUAGAAUGGUUGAGGCUUGGAGAAGCAGAUGUUUUGCUUCUCUCCUUGGGGUUCUUGGCUUGA